CUAGAAUACAAGCUAGGCUUAAGAGAAAGGUUUUUAACCAAUGACAAGAUUGGGUUAAGGGGCAAGUUACCAUCCUGCAGAUGUUAUAUUGUGAUGCAAAGCCCACCUGCAUCAGAGAACACCUGGCUGCUCUGAGAGAGAGAGCGGGCCCCAGUCAGCAGAGGAGCUUGCAGUAUUAGAAGUCCUCAGCUCCUUGGAGGAAGAGCAUAAGAUAAUCCAGUUGCAAUGGCUGCGGUGGACAGUUUCUCCCUGUUGAUGCGGGAGAUCGGACGGUCCUACCACUACUGCGUGGAGAUGCUAGCAGUUGUGGGAGCUUUCUAUGCGAGCAAGGUGUGCGUCACAGUUUUGAGCGACACCUACAUGCUGAUCAGGGUGCAUUUCGUUCCACGUAUCUUUGGCCGGCCUGACUUAAGCAAGCGGUAUGGAAAGUGGGCUGUGGUCACAGGAGGAACCUCAGGCAUUGGCUUUUCCUACGCUAAAGAGCUGGCCAGUUGUGGAGUUAACCUCAUCUUGAUUAGCCGGAACCGGGAAGAAUUGGAAGCUUCUGCUAAAGAGAUCAUGGAGACUUACAACAUCAGCACCAUGACUGUCGUGACAGAUUGUAGCAGGGGCCGCGAGGCCUAUCCGGUCAUUAAGAAGGUUCUGGAAGGCAAAGAGAUUGGCGUCUUGGUCAACAAUGUCGGAGUCCUUAACCCUCUGCCCGAUUCCUUCACCAAUUUGACAGAGGCUCAGAUUUGGGAGUUCAUCAAUGUAAAUAUUGGAGCCGCCAACAUGAUGGCACACCUUGUGUUGCCGGGCAUGGUGCAGAGGAAGAAGGGGGCCAUUGUCAACAUUUCUUCUAUCAGCUGCUGCAAUCCCUGUCCCUGGUACACAGCGUAUUCGGCCUCCAAGACUUACCUGGAUCACUUCAGCAGAUCCCUUCACUAUGAAUAUGCCCCUCAGGGCAUUUUCAUUCAGAGCUUAAUUCCGUUCUUCGUUUGCCCCAACGUGACCAAGCUGAGUAGCCCCCUCUCCAAAGUGAGCUUUUUCGUGCCUUCUCCUGAUGAGUACGCUUGUCACGCCGUCACCACCCUCGGAGUCUCCCCAAGGACGACAGGAUAUUGGCCACAUACGCUCUUGAUGAUUUUUGCAAGGUUUGUCCCUGAAUGGUUCUGGGCUUGGAUGGUAUCCAGAAUAAAAUAUUGCCAGAAGUCACUUUGAAAAAAAAAUGCCUGUGAAGAUCUUGCCUUGAAUACCAAUAACAUCUGGAAGUUUAGACGAACUGUAGCUGCAAAAUCCUUUCUUGCUUGUGUUAUUUGUUUGAAAUCACGUACUUGAGACUUGAAGGAAGUUUAGCUUUGAUGUAGCUGAAAGAAAACACUUGAAACAAACUUUUAGAGAGCUGGCAUAGCAUUCUCUACCCCGAGGCAUCAUUUAUGUAGAGUUCUUCUUGGCUCCUCAGUGAAGGACACAAGAAACCUGUAGAUGACGGAGAAAUUGAGUUGUUGAAGAACUUGGGUUCCAGAAGAGCAAAAAAGAAAGAAAUAUCUGCCAAUAGGGCAUUGUAGAUCAACUUUCUCCAACCUCGUGCACUGGGCUACAAUGCUCAUCAACCCCAACUGAAUGAUCUCUGAUGGAAGUUUGAUGCAACAUUACCCUCAAAACUGCCCUAGUUACAACUGUUCAGCAGAGAUGCCCUUCUUUAAAUCAGUACGAUCUUGUGCUUUUAUCAGGAAAUUAUUGUUGUAUGUAUGGUGUCUACUUUGGAGUGGCCAAUGCUGUGAUGGAUGCUAGGAUCUCAACUGACACGACUGUCUCGUGGGGGUGUCGGUGGCCCAGAGUCCUUGACUUUUCAGUCUUGCAACAAGGCUAAUGGUUGCUGUACAGCAGGGAUGUCAAACUUGAUUUCAAUGAGGGCUGCAUCAGGGUUCUGUUUGACCUUGGGGAGCGGGGGGGGGCAUGGCCAUCUCAACAUCACUCAUGUCAGGGGUGUCUGUAGUGGCCCGAGUGCUCUGCCAGCGAAAAUGGGCUCCUGAGCUCCGUUUCUGGCUAUGACGGCCUCCUGCAACCCUCUGCCAGUGAAAACGGAACUCCCGAGGACCAUGCCCAGCCCUCCUGAGCUCUGUUUUCACUGGUAGAGGCACUGUGCCGGUCCUUCAUCGUUUCCAGAGUGGGCCCUCGGGCCAGAUCUAAGUACCCCGUGGGCCAGAUCCGGCUCACUGGCCUUGAGUGUGACACCCCUGCUAUACAGGUUCUUUGGCAACUUCCCAAGCUGUCUUGCUCCAGAAGUGUCAAUCUUUGGAAAGGAGACAAAUUCUGAGCUGUUCUGGAUUUUAUUUUACUGCGGUAAACAGGAUGACACUGUAGUAGCAGAUGAAGUUAUUUUAUAAAUUGUUCUCUAUGGAAAAAACCCGUGUCUUCUUAUUCCCUCCCAGUCUAAUAACCUGCUGGCUGGGAGGGAAGAGAGUGGUCCUACGGUGGGUUGUUUGAUCAGUUGUAAGAAGGUCCUGAACAAUUUGCCUUACUGUAUUUUUCGGAGUAUAAGACGCACUUUAGUUUUUGGAGAGGAAAAUAAGAAAAAAAAAAAUCUGCCUCUGCCUACCAGCAUCCAUUGGUAUUCAUCUGGCUAGCAUCCUUAGCAAACAGCCUGGUCAGCUUCAGCACAUUAGCCUGAUUCAGCACGAGCAGCUGAUUGGUGGGUGGAUCACCUACUGGAAUACCCCCAAUCAGCUGUUCCCAGAGGUGAACUUUAACAACAGGUUCUCUAGUUGUGAGCACGCGCACGUUGGGGCAGAUACGCAGCUUCAAAAAUGCAGCUGAUCAUCGCAGGGCGCUUCAGUGACUACAGCAGGCGAAGUGCAGGACCAGUCUGACAAAGCAGCAGCUGUUCUGGGUUGCCAUUUUGGCUUCUGCGCCUUGCUUUUUCACCCUCCGGAAGGUCCGUUUGAAAGGACAUGUGGGGCCCGGUGGGUGGGCAGGGCUACAUUCGGUGUAUAAGACACACCCAAAUUUUCACCCUCUUUUGGGGGUGAAGUGCGUCUUAUACGCUGAAAAAUACAGUAAGCAUCAAUUAGGCUUAAUUUCUGUGAAAGCAGUCACAGAAAUGGGGUAUUUUCCACAAACAGAAUGUGGCUGAUGAACUGUUUGCUGGUGGCCUCUUUUGAGUUUGAUGUGCCGUCUGAAAUUGGGACAUAAUUAUUUUCAGAUCCUGAGUUACUUGAAUUUGAGGGGGGCCCUGACUCCUCUUUUUUGUAGCCUUAGGGACAAUCAAACCAGGAUUGGUAAAAACAAACAGCUGUUUCCCAAUAUUUUGGGGACAGGAUCAGUGGUGGGUUUCAACAUUUUUUACUACCUGUUCUGUGGGCGUGGCUUGGUGGGCGUGGCAUGCCUUAGUGGGCGUGGUUUGGUGGGCGUGACAGAGGAAGGAUACUGUAAAAUCUCCAUUCCCUCCCAAUCAGUUGGGACUUGGGAGGCAGAGAAUAGAUGGGGACGGGGCCAGUCAGAAUUUUUACUACCGGUUCUCCGAACUACUCAAAAUUUUCACUACCGGUUCUCCAGAACUGGUCGGAACCUGCUGAAACCCACCUCUGGACAGGAUGCAUAGGAAUGAAAACUGUACAGCGGUGUAAAAGUAAAGCAGCUUAAUAAGAGUUAUUAUAAACAAUGCUAGGAGCUGUAGACCCGGAUUGUAUAUCCUGUUUAGCCUUGUUUUGUGAGCCAUGCUUUAUUUAGUGAAUAAACCCACUUGCUUGGGAUCACACAGCCAUAAACGUGGGGGACGAACACUUUACUUAAUAUUCUAAAACAAAGGCAAAGAUGCCACAGCAUAGGUUGGCUAUUUAUUAGAUGUAAUAACAAGCUCCCAAGAUUGUGAGCAAUCCAGCCCCAUGAAUAAAUUCAUACUUUUUUCCCCCUUCAGGUAGGCAGAUUUGCUGGAUGUGCAAAACUAUUAAAAAAAAUAAGCCAGAAGUUACUUAGUCCUCAAAGCAAAUAGAGAGAACCUUCUGUUUUCUAGCAAGCAGUACUUUCUACCAUGUAUUAUACCUGGAGUUAUAGUCAUGAUAUCAAACUGCACUGGAUCAUCUUUUAUUCUUUUAGAAUCUUUUAGCCAUAAUGUCAAGUGGUUUGAACUGAUGUGUGAUUGCUCUAAUAAAGGCUUACUCCUAUGGAAAUAUUUGUGGGUGUUUUUGU